AUGUGGAAGGCGAAGGUUGGCCGAAAGUUGAAGCCGGUGAUGAAAGGCCAAUGCCCACCUCUGCAGCCACAUCAAGAGGCCGUGGCGUUCAUGCUGCACCCGCAGUCGCCCAUCUCGCGAAUGCUAGUCGACCAUCCCACUGGUUCAGGCAAAACACGUGAGAUGAUCUGCGUGCUGGACAAUUACUACCUGGAUCCACGACCCAAAGUACCAAUCUUCCCCAAGGAACCAGUCUGCCGGAAUUUUUACAUGGAGCUGCUGCGGUGGCCAAGUCGGUACAGGGAUUUCUUCGCAUGCUUGAGGCCGCAGGAUGCAGCUAAAGCUUGUGGUUGCACAGACUGGCGCUCGCGACGACAGCUGCGAUGGGAUUUAGCAGAUCUGUCAGGUGUCAUUUUGCAUGAGCUUUGCUGCAACUUGCGGGAAGUGUUGGAGAUGAAAGGGUGGUUCUACAUGGGCCGAAUGAGGCGGUCGCGUAGAGAGGCAUUCCGCUGCCGCUUUCCUGACGAAGACGCCCCAGCUGCUCCACUUCGGGCCUUACGGUACACGUCGGCAGGGGGUCGCCAUGCAGACCUGCGACAAGACGGCUGGCCCGUCAGCGCUCUGCUAAAGGUUGCCUUUGACCGCGCCCAUGCUGCCAACAACGCUUACUCCAACAAGGUGGUGAUUAUGGAUGAGGUCCACAACCUUGUGCGGCUGCAGACCCAGUAUGGACAACAACUUGCUCGACUAAGAACUCUACUUUCAAGUGCGCGUGGUAGCGUCCUGGUGGGUUUCACCGGCACCCCCAUCUUGAACGAGGCAAGUGAAGGGCGUCAGCUGUUGGACAUUGUGAAGGGUGUAUUUGCCCCUCGUGGCGACGGUGGCUUCCUGUCAUCAUUUCCAAUGCGCCCUGUUGGCUUGUUUCCGACAUCAUUUCCGCGUGGCGUGCCGGACGGCAUCAUUACGCCAAAGUUGCGACGCAAAAUGGUGAGCAAGGUGUUGCUGACAGCGGAAGCUUUGAAGCGAUAUGAUGCAAAGCGAGCGAAAGGUAUACCGGAAAAGCGACUACGGGCUUACUGCAACCUCUGUGUGCAUUUCGGAAGUCUCCAUGAGGGGAGAAAUGGAAGCAAGGCUCGCAUCCUGGCCAACAUGGAAAUCUGCGCCCCAAAACUCUUCGCCAUUGCAGAGAGCAUAUGCAAAAAUGAUGAGAAGGCACUGAUACUGGUGGCACAUAGUUCUGGGCUGAAAGCCUUGGUCGAGCACUUGCAGGAAAGGGCUGCCGUGGGCGCCAAGUUUGGUAUCGCAACAAUGGAAGAGCUGGCAGAGUUCAACUCUCCUGCGAACCUAAGGGGCGAACUAUAUCGCGUUCUGGUUGCGGAUGCUGCGCAGUGCUCGGAGGGUGUCAGCUUCAUGGCAGUGCGCAAGCUUCACCUGGCGGACGUGCCGGCAUCGCCCAGUGCCUUCGUACAAGCCGUGGGCCGAGCUGUACGCAUGUAUGGGCAUUCUUCGCUGCCAGCCCACGAACAAACAGUGACAGUUCAACUGUGGAUCGGGGUAUUCCCACGCUGGAUGCGGUCAUCACUGGCUUCCUGGAGUUUCCGUGCCCAAAGAAGACGAGAUGCCAGAGAUAUGGCAGCUGGUGCUCAGCACCUCUUGCGCCGUUUGUUCGCUGCUGGCGUGAGAGAUCUGGAGACCCUGAAACUGCGUCUUGACAAUUGUGGUGGUCACACCAGUGAGCGCGCCGCUGGCACGAAACCCCCUCUUUCAUUGCCACAGGCUGCAAUGUUCCUUGAACAGCUGGGGCUGUGGGAAGAAGCAAAGGCCUUGCGGAUGCGUCUGCAAAAGACCAGGACUGUUGGUAUUCAGGUUCGCCGCAAGCAGCAGCCUUGGAACAGACGCUCGGGCAGAUCAGUCAUUCGCAUGAAGAAGGCUCCUACCUUCCUGCCAGUCAAAUCGCAGUUUGUUGACGCAAAGGUAGAGCUGCGGAGCAAUGCUGUCAAAGUCUUGAAGGAGGAGAAGGUGAAGUUGGAAGAAGUGAUUGUGAAGAAAGAGAUGCCGGAUGAGCAGGACAAGAAACGUCAAUCGCAAGGCCCCCUUUCGAGCAGCCGGCCAGUGGCCACGCCACAAACGCCACAGUGCAGCCAUGUCAAGGAAGAGGAAACAGCGACAGAAACCUGCGGCACUGGAGACGACCAAACGUUAGCAUCUCUGCUGGAUCCUGAUCCGCCGAAGAAGAUUCGGGCUUCUCGGUGCUCCAACGAAGGAGAAGCACAAGCACCGACGGCGAAAGCUGACUUCGCAUGGGAAAGAGAUCCGCUCGUGCGAAUGAUGCAGUGCCUCUACUCUGCACAGAGCGCUGCAGAAGCAGAAAGGGAGCUCUUUUUGAAUAUGCGCACAGCAGAUGAGGAGGCUUUGCGGAACUUGUCGCAGAGAACGCGCGAAUUUGUGCCCGCGUUGACCGCGUUUCGGAAGAAAGCGGUUGAUCGGGCCAUUCUGUGGUCGGCGAAGCGCGAGAAGGGCUCCAAGGAGAACGUCGAAGAAAGUGAUGGGCAGAGCAGCAGCAUCGAUUUUGGGCUCACAGAUGUUGAAUGUGCUGAGCCCAGGACAUUGAUGUGGCGCCGAUGUGCUGCUGCUCAACGUGAAAAGAGGUGGCAUCCAAACAGUGCGGCCCAAGCCAGCUGCGCCAACGCAGACGCGCGAGGUUCUCUAUGGACAAGGAGUGGGGGUGCCACUUCAGUGUCACAGGCCAGGGCCGUGUCAGAGCAAAAGCCGCCCUCAAGGAUCACAGCACUUCCAGACCGUUCCAUGGACGUGUCUGAGCGCAAGCGCCAGAAGUUUCCUGGCUGCACGUAUGCUGACCUCGUCAGUCGCACUGUGCUCCAUGCUGUAGGCCAAGCAAAUCAGAUCAGAGACUCCAAGCAUGCGGGCGACCGCCAUAUGGCCUUGCUGCUAACCACAUUGACCUUCGGUCCUGCCGCAGCUGGCUUCGAUCCAGCGCCGGCAAGAGCACGGACCUCGAAGCCGACCGCCAAGCGGAGAGGCAAGGGCAAGGGCUUCGGCCUACAGCCUGCUGGUGGUCAGGUAAGCAAGGAGGAGCAACGAAGGCAGCAGCGAUUGGGCAAGGACCCCUCGAUGAAUGCCGCAAGAAAAGCUCUGCUGAGCCAGAUAGCGGAAACGAGAUUCGGUUUGGGUGAAGUUGAUGUGGAUCUGGUGGUUCCAGCUUACGUCGAGUGCUCAGGCAUGCGCAAUGUGCAGCAGACGCAGCAGACACAGCACACACUUGCCGACGCUCCUUGUGCUAAUCAGGUUCUGGACUAUAACCGGCUUUUUGGAGCACCCCAAGCAGCAGCAGAAACGGCAUCGACAAUUGACAAUGCACACGACAACUUGAACCGCCAGUGCACUGCCUUUGUGGUGGCUCUCUCAAAGCGAUGUAAGCCCAUGCUACGGCAACUUCCAGCGAUUUGCGCAAGGAGUUCCUGGGUUUGGUUCACAGGCACCUUUAAUGUGGGGGCAGACCGGGUAGGCUCCGUUUCAAUGCCCUCCAGUGCGGCUCACACCGAGCUGGAGAAGGGAGGAAGGUCGUAUGAGGGCCCUGGAGGCAGUCAGCAACCCGAAAUGGUGUUGCAGAAAAAGUGCACCUCGGCAGAAACAAACGGAGUUGACAGGUCAACUACAGCUUUUGAUUGGUCAGACAAAGACAGCUGGCCUAAGCCUUUUGGUGGUCUCACUGCUGCAGCUGACGUUCUGUAUGACAAGCAAGUUGUUUCAUCGCUGGUGGACCUGAUCAUGCAUUUUGGUGGGCCUGCUCUUCUUGUGGAGCCUGACAAUGUCGCAAGGCAGCAACUUGGGUCGGUGGCGUACUUUGAGGAGAUGGCAAGUUCACGGGGACUGGACGUCAAGAUUGAGUAG